GAGGCGCGCGGAGCCCGCCGGCCCCGCCGCAGUCCCGCUCCGGCGUGGUAAGGCCGAGUGCGGGCGGGGCCGGGCCGGGCCGGGGGUGCCGGAGCGCGCCGCGUUCUCACCCUCUCCCCGUCUCUCGCAGCCCCUCUCCGGAGCAGCCGCUCACCGGGUACCGGGACCCCGCCGCCUCCAGCCCCGCGCCGCCGGCAUGAAGCGCCCGGCGCCGGGCAGCCGCCGCUGAGGAGCAGCGGGACAACCCCCCCCCCCCCCCUCCUCCCCUCCUUACCCCACAGCCGGCACCCUCCCUGCCGCACCCCCUCAACAGCCACCAGCUCCAUGGGGCAGCGCCGCGGCCGCUGAGCCCCGCGCCGCCCGCCCGCCUCGCCCCGCCAUGGGGCCGCGGCACCUGCUGCUGCCGCUGCUCCUGCUGCUGUCCCUGCAGCUCCUGGCCCUGCUGCUGGCCGCGCAGGCGGCCGGGCCCCCCCGCGCCAAGGGCAACCGGACCCAGGGGGCGGCGGCGCCGCGGCGGACCCCGAAGCCGGGCAAGGAGCUGCUGAACCAGACACUGGCGGGUCCCGGGGCUGCGGCCCCGACGGCGCUGCCCGGCCGCGGCAAGGGCGCGGGGAGCGGCAGGACGCCCUCCGGCGGCGGGGGAGGCGGCGGGGGCUCGGCCCCGGCGUACGAGACGUGCUGGGGGUACUACGACGUGAGCGGGCAGUGGGACAAGGAGUUCGAGUGCAACAACAGCCUCACGGGCUUCCGCUACUGCUGCGGCACCUGCUUCUACCGCUUCUGCUGCAACAAGCGCGCCGAGAAGCUCGACCAGAGCCUGUGCCGCAACUACAAGAGCCCCGAGUGGGCCCACCCCACCACCGCCAGCGGCGUGCUGCCUGCCGACGGCAGCGACGGCGCCGAUGGGGACGCCAACAAAUACGACCCGGACAAGGACAGCACCAACGCCACCGUCUACAUCUCGUGCGGGGCCAUCGCCUUCGUGCUCAUCGCCGGCGUCUUCGCCAAGGUGGCCUACGACAAGGCACGGCGUCCGCCCCGAGAGAUGAACAUACACAGGGCUCUGGCUGACAUCUUAAGGCAGCAGGGACCAAUCCCAAUAGCACACUGUGAAAGAGAGACUAUCUCGGCCAUAGAUACCUCCCCCAAAGAAAACACCCCAGUCAGGACAUCCUCCAAAAACCAUUACACCCCCGUGCGCACCUCCAAGAGUAACCCAGGUCCCUAUGGAAAGGAUAUUUAUCGAAGUGGAGGGCCAGAUCUCCAUAAUUUCAUCUCCUCCGGGUUUGUCACAUUAGGAAGAGGACACACGAAGGAUGACCAAGAGCAAAAUUAUAAUCACCUGAUUCUAAACAGUGCCACCCAGACACCUACACAUGACAAGCCACGAAUGAACAACAUCCUUACUUCUGCCACCGAGCCCUAUGACCUCUCCUUCUCCCGGUCCUUCCAGAACCUCUCUCACCUCCCACCAUCCUAUGAGUCUGCCGUCAAGACAAACCCAAGUAAAUAUUCUUCUCUGAAGAGACUAACUGACAAAGAGGCUGAUGAGUACUACAUGAGGAGGAGACACUUGCCAGACCUGGCAGCCCGGGGCACGCUCCCUAUCAACGUCAUCAAAAUGUCUCAACAGACCAACCAGAGGGACAGGCCCCGCCGUCCCAUCAGGGCCAUGUCCCAGGACAGAGUGCUGUCCCCUGAGAGGAUCAUGCCCGAGGAGUUUAGCAUGUCCUAUGAACGGAUCCUCUCAGAUGAGCAGCUCCUGUCCGCGGAACGCCUCCACUCCCAAGACCCGCUGCUCUCCCCGGAGCGGUCGGGGUACCCUGAGCAGUCUAUGUCACGGGCACUGUCACACACAGACGUCUUUGUAUCAACACCCGUCUUGGAUCGCUACAGGAUGACAAAAAUGCACUCCCAUCCUAGUGCCUCAAAUAACUUGUACAAUACCUUAGGUAUGAACCCGACCUCCGCCAAGCGCCAAGCAUUUGCCUCCCGACGGCACAACACGGUAGAACAACUGCAUUAUAUUCCAGGACACCACCAUCACUACCGCACAGCGAGCAAAACAGAGGUGACUGUUUGAUAGGACCUCGUGCAUUGUAGAUACUCAUUAAGGACUGGGGUGGCACAGCACCCCAGACUGCAGUGGCCUUAUAGGCCAAGAUAACCUCUAAUAACUCAGUGUCUGAAAAGACUUCUCUGACAGUCCCAUCCACGUCGUUGUUUUUAAAGCCACCCCUUCAUCGGUGAUGACAUAAGAAGAACCCAAGCAAGCAAGCAGAUGGUAGUGAGAGAUAAUAGGGGAAAUUUAUUGAUGUGCAUCAGUUUCUGUCAAAGAAAGCCAUAGCAGUCAAUGGCUCCUUCUAAGGGCUCACCUGCAUUAUCUCAUUGUCCUUAUGAAUUUAGGACUUUUCAGUUGCUACAGGUAGAAGCAGUCUCAUGCAGCCCAAGACAGGGAGGAGGAAAAGCAGCACCCAGUUCUGGCAGGAAGGACUACUGCUCUUGGUCUGCAUGCCAGCCCUCAUGUCUGGCCUUUCUGUAGCAAGAAGGUAAGCUUCUGGCUGCUGGGGAUCACCUCCAGACUGCUCACUAUCAGUCAGAACCCGUACAUCUGUUUUCCAUCACCCUUGGAGUGAAUUCAAGGGCAGACUUUCCUAGGGGACUGGCAGAUCUAGGGACAAGAAUAGCCUGGCUGAGAAAUAAAGGUUUAGUUUAUAUUAAAUAUAUUCAUAAGAUAAAAACAUACUAGUGCCUACAAAUCGCCUGCUCUCUCAGUGUAGGAAGUAGUGGGGUUGAUGUGUUCAAUAAGCACAAAUAUGCUGAAAUGCUUGUUAGACCCUUUCCCCACUCAUUCUAGUAUCUUGGUGUCUCCAACAUGUAAAUAGGAAGGAGGAAGAGGGUUUCUCUUCCUUCAGCUUCUUGCCACUGCUGAACCUAAAGCACCAGAAUUCGUCCAGCUUCGCACUGCUGACCUGUGCUGGGGGAAGUCCUGACUCCACUGAGACCCCUGCAAGGCCAAGGCUACCACACACUCACUGAGCCUGUUUAUUUUCCUGAAAGCAUCUUCCACUGGCCCAGUUCCCCCAUUUCUGAACAAACGUUCUCUCAGUUACAUCUAGAACUCCAUAUGUAGCAGAUCUUUUUCUAGCCCUUAGCAGAAGCACAAAGCUGAGGGUGUCUCGCCUACAGAAAAAGAGGUCGGUUAUUUUCCAGUAUCUUCUCUCCAUCUGCAAGAAAACCUUCCAAAUUCCAAAUCCACUCAGUACCAAUCCUAACCAUGAAGACAGUUACAUUUCAUGCAUAGAAAUUAUAUAUCCAGCAUAAUUAUAAUAAGUGGGCAUGUUGUAUAUCUGAUUGAUGCUAAUUAGAUACUGUAUAUUUGUAACAUCUGUAAAACAUAGACUCGUGGGUCCAGAAUUUGUGAGGGUUUUAUCUGUGGUUUUCAAGCCAGAUUGGGCUUUGCUUUGGUUUCUGUUGGUUUCUUUUGGUUUGGGUUGGGUUUUUUUCCUUGUAUUUGUGCUCCUAUCAAAUUCUGUAGAACUAACUCACACUAGAGCAUACUUCUGUGGCCAGGAAAGGGUCUCAGAGGUCUUGAAGGCUACCCAGACCCAGUGCUGUAACUGUUAGUUCUGGACUCGCUGUCCUUGGUGUGCAUUCAAAGCCCCACCACAUGCACACACCCAUGCUGCUAAUCCCAAUGAGAGGCAUGCUUGUCCUCCAGCUGAAAUGACAACUGACUGCAGGCUGUAAACACAUUCCCAUCCAGUAUUUCUCUCUUCAUGCCCUACAUUCCCACACUGACCCUUUUCCUACAUGGCUUUUUACUUCAUUUAAAUUAGGUCUGCCCUUCUCCCUCCCCUCAAAUACCUCCCACCUCCUGGCCUUAAUGAUGUUCCCAGCUCAACACAUCAUUGCUGUAGCGUAUAAUGACUGUAGGUUGUUGUGAGCUUGAGUCUUCUGUGGAGGCUUAUGAUACAGCACCAGGUUUAUCUGGUGCAGGGUAGGCAGGGAGAGCAUGCCAUCUUCCCCUGGUGGGAUUUAGAGGUAGGAGGCCUCAGUGGGGUGGCCAUGUGGCCUUUCCCAUUCCCAGACUCUUCGUUCUUGGGCUUUCUUCUGCCUCGCCUGAUGGAGACUGUUCAGAAAGGACUCCGGCUGUCACACGUCCUGGGGCUUUGUUUGGCGGAAACUGAGCUGGGAAGGAAUGAAUAAGAGUCUCCACGGUUCAGGUGGUCAUUACCAUGCAGCCUUGGGCAAAAUCAAUCUGGCAACCACCAGAAUAGUCUAUCGAUCAGAGUGGCAGUGCAUGGCACGGGAGGGAUAAGAGAAAAAAGGCUCACAGCUCAUCUCCUUCCCUUGAUGGACACUUCCUCCCCUGACUACCUCCAAGCUCCUCAGUUCACUCGCUGGUUACUUCUUCACAGAAGGCAAUCCCUGUGAAAGCAUUGCACUUGCUGACCUUCCCACAGACCGGAGCUUGUGCCUCUUGAAGAGAAGAGAAUCACACAUGGCUCAUGGGGAGGCAACCCCCGCUGAGGUUCUGGGGCUCUUCCAUCCUCUCAUGGCCCAAGCAAAGCCAGGAUCUUCCGCCCUGCAAGCAGGGAGAUGUGAACACUGUGGGAGAGGGGAGGCGAUCCUAGAAUCUCCAGGAGUUAAGAUGGAAGAGUCGGAGGAGCAAAGGUGACCAUGUGAGGCUGCGGGUAGGUGAACUCUCCUCUCUAUCCAUUUCCGUAGCUGUGUGUCUCAAGCUCUAGUCUUUGUUCAAAUGUUCUGUUCAUGAACAUAAGAAACUGCUGGACCAGAUGCCAAUAUGGACACGUUUCACUCAAGUAGCUCAUGCUGUGCUGUGCUCCAGCCCAUUUGACCUCAGAGCCUUCUCUUAUUCUGACCAAGGCCCUCUUCUAACUUGUCCUACCUGGGCAGCAAUCCUCCAAAGAAAACGUAGCCCGUUUCCUCAUCUUUUCUAUCAGCUCAACAGUUUCAAGCAGAUGUGCCCCACGAGAACCAUCAAAAAGACUUUCUAGGCCAAAUCUCUUCAGGGACUCUGCCACCACCACAGAAAAUUUUCAGCAAAUUUCUUUGGGAAGGCACCAUGAUCACAAUUUGUUCCUGUGCACCAUGUCUUCCCAUGGCUUGCUGUGUGUGCUGGAAUGCGUUGAUAGCUACAGCACUGACAUUGCAGCACACUGAGGUGUUCUUAUGUCAUUUGUUACCUUAUUCUGUGUUCUGAGAGUUUGUCACUGAAAGGACACUUGGUUCAGGACUGGGUGUCAUGAUCCACAGGCUGGUCCAAAGCACUUCGGUUCCCCAUGGUCAACAUGUGUGAUAAUGGUAACGCUUCCCUAUUCUGCAGAGGCAUUAUGAGGGUUCAUACCAUAAUGUUGAUGAAGUGCUUUGAGACCCUCCCACAACAGAUACUGUAGAGCAGCAAAGCAUUUUUAUUAACAUUGUUUGUCACCAUUAUCCUGCCACAUCACGUCUGAUGUGUUGCAAGCCAGUGUCUGUCCAGAAUGAGAGUGCUGGGGUAGGGGGAUGCAGUUGCCCACAUUUCCUAUUGCUCUCCUUCUGGUCAGGGUCCCUCACAGGCAAGCAGCUCUGAGGGAUGCUGUGACCUGCACUUGGACCUUUCUGUUUUCUUCUCCUCAUGUCUGAGUCACCUUAAUGUUCGGCACUCAGGAGAAAAGCAGGAAGCAGUCACUCUCCUCUGUACAGUAAAAUAUCAUCUGCCUUGAUUCACCUAAUAUACUCUGAAGAAUUGAUCUGUCUUUUUCUCCAACCCCCAGGUGGAAACACACAUCUGUGGAGUGUCCAGUUCCCAGAGUGCAUGUGCAGGGACUGGGGGAGGGUGAUGUGGAAAACUUUAUAUCACUUCCUACAAACUGAUAAUGGUUUGCAUUCCCCAAGCAGCAACACGUAAGAGUGAGCUGCACUGAUUUUGUACAACUCUCCUUGAUAGAGCUACACGUAUGUAUAUGUAUAUACACACAAACACAUGCAUAUACAUACAUACUGUAAAUGCAGUCAUUAAGCUCUGACUGACCCUGUACCAGUCUAAGCUUCCAAACUAUGUUGAAUCCUUCUUUGAAAUGUGAAAAACUAUUUGUAAUGAACCACACAGAGCACCACAUGGAAUGGAAAUUUUGUCAUAAAAGUCUUCUAAUGCCACUGAAUUGUGUUUUAAGGAAAAAACAAAAUAUUUUUCAAUGUUUUAAUGUUCCUUUUAUAAAUGAGGAUCUGUUACUUGGGGGUGGGGGGGUGUGUGGGUGGGAAGAAACAGGGACAGUUACCCGGGAGUAAGCCCUCCUUUCCUGGCCUAGAUUUCAUUUCUGUCUACUGUUCUGCUAGCCUGGCUAACUGCAAAGCUGGUCCCAUGAGCCUGGGCUUCCCUCAUGCAUAUUUCUGUUGAGAAGCAUUCCCACCAGGAAUCCGCAAGGCCUUGGCAUCAAGCUUUUAUAAGGGAUGGGUAGUUCCCGGUAGCUGGGAAGAUGUCUCCAUCUUCUUCCACCACAAUAAACUUAACUAUCAUGAGAGAGGGUGACUCCAAUUGUAUUUGAAAUAAAUGUUCGGAUUUGCAAUCAAUUUGCCAUUCUUCAGUUUAUGUGAUGGAGAAAAAGAUCAUCUUAGUUUUCUUUCAGAUUUAGUGCUUAUCCUGGAAGGAGGGACUCCGCUGAAAUACACUUAACAAACACAUUUCAUGUGCAAGUGUGUUUCAGACGAGUGAAAAGCUGGUGGGGGAAAUACGUGAGAUGGGGGUUAAAUAUUUUGAUAAACAGUGUUGUUAGCAAUAAGCCUGUGUGGGGGCUGCUUCUUAGAGAACAGCCACUUCUGUGUUGUAUGUCCCUAAGUGGAUGGUCGAAGGUCUCGAUCCCAGCCUCUCUUAGCUGGUUCAAGGUGCCCAAAUCCAGCUGGGAAGACCAACCUACGCUUCACCCGCUGGCUGCCCGGGGCGAGGGGAGAGUUGGACAAUCCCGUUCCAGCACGUCAGUGUACAUCUGGAAUAGGUCUCUGCUCCCAGCAACGCGCGAAGAGGCGUCCCGUGGCUCCAGCAGGAGGUCGCCAUCCCCACCAGCUCCGCUGCAGGCGGACGUGCGUCGCUGCCCGUGUGCUCCGCGAUGGCUCCUGACCUUCUGUCUGCAAACCCCUCCGACGUUUUUGUAGCAAGAAUUUCUUGGCUCUGAGAAAGACACUUCUUACUGUAGGCUUUUUAGUUUGGGGGACAGUAUUUCCUAAGAGGGGGUAAGUGGAUAUUUUUGUGCUUUAGCCCGGUUUAUGGAUUCCAUGUUUAUUAUACCGUAGUACUGAAGAGGAAGUACAUUUGUAUCUGUAACUUUGCACAGACUCUUGGUUGACCAUUAAACAAGCUUCAAGAUGAGCAGUAUUUGACUGUUUUUCUCUGUAUUAUUCUCGUUGUUAUACUUACCUGUAAAAGCACAUUCUGUAUGUACUGUAAACAAAAAUAUUAUCAGUUUAGUAAAAUUUAGAGUCUUAAGGAUUUUUCCACUUUUGUCAGUAACAAAUAUUUAUGGAUUAAAAAAUAAAGGCAAUUUCAACAUAUAAA